AUGGGAGGUCCCAUAAAACUUAACGUCAUUAGAGAUGAUGGAUACUUUAGAGAUUUGGAUCUCCUUGGACCAGAAGGUGGAGACCAAAGGUACUGUAUGCCACAUAUGUGCUCUUCUUAUGUUCCAAGUUUGGUCCAAAUCAAGAAACCUGCACGUGGCCAAAAAAAGGAAAAAAAAAAAAAAAACAAAGCGACGCAGAAAAAGCGUCGACUGCAAAAGCGAGUCAGUGAGGUAAAUCUGCAUGAGGAGACAAAAGGAGAAAACGACAAGACUGGGUUAUUUCAAGCUGCUAUUUAA